UGCAUCACUUCCUGAGAAAGUGGGAGGUGAAUGUUGUCAACGUGACUGUCAUCCGGUAAUAUUGGACCGGCACAGAGCAGCGCAGUCGUCGGUCUUCUCUGUCUGAACGCUCUGGACUUCGGAAGUGGCCGGACGGGGGAGACAGGCAGCAAAUCCUGGAAAUGUGGAAUUAACUCAGAAUAUUCCCCAUCGUCUGUGUUUAGAGUCGUUUUGGUGUAUUUAGGACAAGUUACCUUACAGUGUGUUUGUGUAUUAUUUUUUUUUUACCUUAGCCACCGCCGCUAGCUAGCUUAGCAGCCAAACGAGGCUGUCAGACACACAGGGACCGCCGGAGAAGAAGACGAGGGCUCGGUGACAAGGGAAGGUGGCGAGGUAACGAUGAACCGCUUUCGAAAGUGGCUCUACAAGCCUAAGGUUCUGGAAGGAAUGGGAGCCCGCUGAGCUUGGUGUGGCGAAACUAUGAUUGAAGGGAAAUGGCCGUGGAGGAUGUCAGAUUUAAAGAGGACGGACCCGCAGCUUCUGGCUCAAUUUUUCUACGCCGACGAUGAGUUGAACCAGGUGGCCACUGAGCUUGACAGCCUCGAUGGUAGGAAGGACCCUCAAAGAUGUACACUGCUGGUCAACCAGUUCCGCUCCUGCCAGGACAAUGUGCUCAACAUUAUCAAUCAGAUCAUGGAUGAAUGUAUCCCCUGCGACCGAGCCAACAGAGACUUCUGUGUCAAGUUCCCCGAGGAGAUUCGUCAUGACAACCUGGCGGGGCAGCUGUGGUUUGGAGCAGAGUGUUUGGCUGCAGGCUCCAUCAUUAUGAACAGGGAGAUUGAAAGUAUAGCCAUGAGGCCCCUGGCGAAGGACCUGACUCGCAGCCUGGAGGAGGUACGCAACAUCACCAGAGACCAGGCCCUGCGGGACCUCAACUACUACACAGACCGCAUGAAGGACGCACUGCGACAUUUUGACAGCCUUUUUGCUGAGUUUGAACUCAGCUAUGUCUCAGCCAUGGUGCCUGUCAAGUCUCCCAAAGAAUAUUAUGUACAGCAGGAGGUGAUUGUGCUCUUCUGUGAGACAGUGGAAAGAGCACUGAAGCUGGGCUACCUCACACAAGACAUGAUUGAUGACUAUGAGCCUGCACUGAUGUUUACAAUUCCCAGACUAGCCAUUGUAUGCGGGCUGGUUGUAUACUCAGAGGGACCUCUCAACCUAGACCGAAAAGCAGAGGACAUGUCUGAGCUUUUCCGACCUUUUCGUACUUUACUGAAGAAAAUCAGAGACCUGCUGCAGACUCUGACUGAGGAAGAGUUGCUAAUGCUUGAGAGGAACCUCUGCAUUUCUCAGGAUGGCGAGCUAACCACAGGCCAGGAGCAGGCCCCAAACAACGCACCAACACCCGCUGAAGAGAAUCACUCCUGCAGCAGCCCCACUAAAGACGCCUCCAAGAGGCCUAGUGAUGAUGAGCAUUUGGCUGUCAUUGUCCGCCCGAGCCAGGAGGAAGAGUUGGCAGAUGUGGAAAAAGGCUGGGAAGAAGUCGAAUCAGAGAAAGGGGAGCAGGAGGAGGUCCUGCUGUGUGAGGAGGCAGAGGAGGCUGAACUUGCUUGUUCCAUGCAGUAUGAUGAGGAAGAACUGGAGCAGCUCAACAUGAUGGUGUACCGCGUAGGAGAUGAGAUGUCCACUCUGCUGUCGCCUCCGAGCCAGGGUCAAUCCCCAGCACACAACCCCAACAGAGGAGAGGCAGGAGGCGCCAGUGGAGCCUCUAGCAUUGAGGCCUCCCCUAUCAGGGUGCUAAGGUGCCGAGGAAGGACAGGUAUCUAUUUAGAGGAGGAAGACAGGGUCUUCUUUAUGGAAGAUCUAGACACAGCAGGAGACAGCCUCACCAGAGAAGUCCAGAGUGGUAUUGCCUCGCUUUCUAAAGCACCAAAGUCUGCUCAUACUUUGCAACGUAGUCCAGGUCUGCGGUCUGAUUCUGUACGCAAUGGUUGGCACCCUGAAGCUCUUUCAGAGCCGCCUUGUCUACAGCCACGCAGCAAAAAUACACACUGUCUCAAUUCAAUGCGCCCUCCAUGCACGUCUGUCCCCAGCUCUGAACCUCUGCCUUACACCAACGAUUGGGAGGUGGGCUUUGAGGGUACAAUGAAUGAAACUGCAGAAGUCAUUGCCCAUCGUAUGGGUGGGAUGAAGCUGUCAGCCACUGUCAUCUUCAACCCUCGCUCCCCGAGCUUGACAGAGCUGGCUGUGGACAAGCUGCUGCUGCCGCGGCCCUCUCCCUCAGAGAUUGAAUCCUGCGGCCCCCUGGUGGCCACUCACUGCCUGCUUAACUCGUGUGUCUGCUGCGGGAGCUGUGAAGACGCCAAUGAGGAUGCCUUCACCUCCGACACCUCCGGGUUAGGCCUCGCUCUUGGAGCAGAUAAACACUGCAAGACUGCAGCCCCCGGCGCUCUCAUCCAAUCAUCUGCUUGCCAGCUGCCCCCUCGAGGCCAUGAGCCCCUUAGAAGAAGUAGAAGGGGACUCUGCCAGUUUUCUCCGGCUUCCUCCCGCUGCUUGAAUGAGCCCCUGGAAGAGGAAGGAAGCCCUCAGCUCUGUGAGAAUUGCCUGGUGGGCAUCCCUGGGCCAGAGUAUCACAAUCAGGACCGUGGCAACAGCAGAAGGGAUGACUACCAGGAGACGACUGAAAAGGCAGAGACUGAGGUUGAUAAGCAAGGAAUUAAAGAAUCCAAAAGGGACACCAAAGAGAAGAGUAGGAAAGGCUCCAGCUUUCACAACUCCCCCCACAGCUCUGUGUCAGGUAGUGACUGUGAGAGUGUGUCGGUCACCACAUGUAGUCUAUCCAGCAGUGCUUACACUCCAAGCCCUGUAAGCAGCCUCACUCCAAGCUCAGGAAUGUCAGAGGACCUGGACCAUGAAGUGAUACAGCUGGCUCUGCAAGAUGCCAAGGUGGCCGCCCGAAAUAAGAUUCGCUCACGCUUCCACAGCAGCAGUGACCUCAUCCACCGCCUCUUUGUUUGUAUUUCAGGCGUUGCUGAUCAGCUGCAGACCAACUACGCCAGCGACCUUCGCAGCAUCCUCAAGACCCUGUUUGAGGUCAUGGCGACCAAGUGCGAGCAGGGAGACAGUGAUAACCAAAAGAAAGCAGGUCCUGUUCUGCGAAGUGCCAUACUAGAGGACUGUGCUCUCUGUCAGGAGACCAUUUCUACAUCAGAAUUGGCAGCCAAGGCCCGCGAGGGCCACUUUGAAGACCCUCCUGACUGGGUUCCAGAUGAAGUGUGCAGCUCCUGCAUUGCCUGCAAGGCUCCUUUCACCGUCAUCCGCCGGAAGCAUCAUUGCAGAAGCUGUGGAAAGAUAUUCUGCUCUCGCUGCUCCUCCCACUCCGCUCCAUUGCCCCGAUACGGCCAGAUGAAGCCUGUGAGGGUGUGCACACACUGCUACAUGUUUCACGUCACACCUUUCUACAGUGACAAGGCAAUUUGAUGCCCUAUUAGAUACAUAGAUAGAUAUAUACUUUAUUCAUCUACAAGAGAAAUUCACAAAUUAUUACUGAUUUACUGAAACCUCAGAAGAGGCAAAGAUGCUAAAGGAGUCAUCAGGAUAGACUCCAGUGCAUAAAGAAUGUUAACCAAAGUGUUUGAUCGGUGAACUGGUAUCCACACAUGAUUCACACAAGGCUGACGGUGGAGGUGUAAAAGAGCGGACGAUGAUGCAAUCAUAGACUUUGAACUGGCAUUGUGCAGCACAACAUUAGAGCAGACCACCUUUAUACAUACAAAUGAAAGGACUUCCUAUUCUGCAGCGAGCUUCCUACUUUCGUGCAAGAUUAGUCGCGGGACUCGGAUUAGUCAAAAGAAUGUAAUUAAUGAUAACUAUGUAAAUAAGGAUAAUAUUGUUAAUAACCACAACACAAUGUCUACGGUUGCUUUUCACACAGGAACCGAUCAGCAAUCCUCUCCAGGCUUCCAGUCGCAUUUCCGCAAAAAUGAUCAUAGAUAGCUUUUCUAUUGAGAUUUUUGUCUUGCUUUGAAUGGCGGUGAAUGUUAAUUUUGGAUCACCUGUUGAAAUAGGUCAAGAAUCCUACACAACGGGUUGCCUUUUUUAUGGGCUGUGCCCAUUGCUGUUAGGUGCAUUAUGGUAUGUCGGGAACUCUCUGGGUGCUCCGCUGCACACAGGAAUGGAUAAAAGGGAUUUUCUAGUCGUCACUGUCUGGUGCGUGAUGCCCUCUAGUGGAGAGUUGACCUCUCUUGAACACCAUCCGAUUCUAUAGCUUGACCCAGAGGCCUUCUUCGCUGGUGCUGGCCUAAGACCGCUUAAUGCGCUUUGCUCUUCUUCCUCCCGUUAUAGUGCAAUAUUGUGAUUACUAAACAUUUAGUAUGACCAAUCAUUUCCUGUUGAAAAUUGUUUCAAGCCAUUUCAUAUCAAUGCUGAUUUGUGUUUAGGCUAAAUGAACUGCUCUGUGCUUGACAUCUCUUCUUCCCUUUGCAAUGACUAGCUAUCUCCGACAUGUACCUUCAACAUAUUAUAUUAUCGGUACAUUAAGAGUGGACGUCUUGUCAUUCUUGCUGUGACUCCAAGCAGCUUCUCAGGCACAACACAAUCAGGAACACACACUACUGUUGGAUCAGUCUUAUUGUCUUCUAUCUAGAAACUACUUUGAAAGGGUAUGUUUUUUUUCUUUUAUAAAGAAUCAAAACGGCGUAUGGUGUUAUAUCAGUUUUAUGUAUAUAAACAGGGAAUCAUGCAGUAAUUUAAUGGCGGGGUGGGCUAUCUUGUUAUUAUUUCAGAGCUUGGUCUUAUUUUAUAAGAUGCCACUGCAUUUCCUUGAUGGAACUGUGUAUAAUUUUGAACAAAACAAUGUUGUAUAGUUUCAAAUGCAAUGUAAAAUGAAAUAAAUGACUUUUUUCUGGUUUAAAGAA